UUUUAUAUAUUAUAGUUUAUUUUAUUUUUGCUACUAUUUGUUACAUGAUACUGUCACACAUGAAGUAUACUUAUUUAUUAUAUUCUUUAUAAUAAAAAAUAUAACAAUGAAAAAAUUAACAGUGAUAUCAAUUUUUUUUAUGCUGCAGCUGGCUACACAUUUAUCUGGGGCCACUGAUUGUUCUCCACCAUGGAUGACGGAAAAAAAUCCAUUUUACACAAAGAUUUUAUCAAAGACAGUCUACAGAUGUCCAUCACUUUUUGGAAACUCAAAUAAGGAAUACUGUUGUUACAAUACGGACGGAGACGUCAAGUGUUGCGAUUUUCAAGAGUAUUUCGUUUUUAGAUUAAUUUGUCUUAUUCCAAUUAUUUUAAUUGUAUUAAUCAUUCUAUCAUUCGUCAGUUGUUUGUGUUGUUUUCUGUGCCCAUUUUGUAUGAUUUAUAAACGCAGACAGAUGAGAAAUUGCAGUGCACCACCACCGUAUCAUCAUACCACUACAAGAUUUCCUCAAAGACCUGCGACUGUCAUUUAUACAAGAUAACUGAAGACAAUUAAGGUGCAUCGUAUUUAUUAUCUCGAUAUUAAUUAUUAACAAAUAAAACAUCAAACAUUGUAUUUUAAGAGAAAAUAAUAUGAUAUUUUUAUUAGCUUUGUAAA